GAAGAAUCGUGGAAUCUGGGUCCUGUAUUCUUGCGCUCAUUCUGCACAAUGUGGUGGUUUCUAGAGCCUCAUGUGAUGCAGCUUUGCCAUCCGUCUCGUCGCACUCAUCCACACUGCCUACCUUUACGUGAGUACUCACGUCUCACGCGUAAUCCGUCUCAAUUUUUAGGACAAGAUGAGAUGCCAUCAUCGAAUUACCGAUACAUGCAUCAGCGGAUGCAAUACAUUACCCCGUUGCUACCGCCCAACUGGAUGGCAGUUGUCAAAAGCUUCUGGAAAGCAAAGGAUGCCGCCACAAUUUGCCAAAGGAUGACGGUGCCGAAAACCGAACUGCACGAAACGUGGGUGGAUGAAGGUGCAGAUGGAUUCAAAAUGGGGAAACCGGUGGAAAUGACAGUAGAAGCGAAAGGUAGUAUUGGGUUUUCGGGAUUCUGCAGAUGGGCCCUAGGUGAUCAGAGCUAUCAACACAACAAUGGACAUACCGGAACCAUAGAGUUUAGGAGUAUGGAAAGUACUUUAGAUCCUGUACUUAUCCUCAACUGGUUAGCGGUUGUCACGAGGCUCUACGAUUUCGCUCGUAGGGGAAAUACCGCAGACAUCCUAGGUAUCCUUGAGAAGGCCACCAUGCCCGAUAGUAAGUACGACGGCUUUCAAUUACUUGAAGAUCUUGGACUUCCUACACAAGCUGAAUACUUCGGUGCUAAGGCCAAUACGCAUACUGAGGAGAUAGUUGAAAGGUUGGACACUUUGUUCGUUCCCGUUUUACCUAAAUAGUGACUUAAUUGUAGUAACCGUUCAAUGUAUUAAAACGAAUUGGA